UAUUACUGGAUUUCGUUAAAUAUGUCCGACUCGUUAUUUCAAAACUUCAAAUGUGCUUGCAGUUCACCACAUUAGCCCUGAAUUUCUAAAAAUUCCUACUUUCGUAAACGCACCAUCCGGCAAUGGGAAGUGAACUGACGUUUGUGUGUGUUUUUUUUUCCCAAGCCGUGAUGUAGCCUUCAAAGCUAGCUCCUGCAAGGUACAAGCAAAGCUACCCGACCAAUGUCCCGCUGCAGAUGUCCUUUUUGUAAAAAAAAAAAAAAAAAAUGUUUUAUUGAUUACUAUUAAAUAGUAAAAAGACCAUUACAGACGGAGCUCCAGCUUGGACAACAACAACAAGCUGAGUAUUAUGCUGGACGUGGGGAAGUGGCCUGUGUUUGCACUCCUUCCUCCAGAGGAGCUACGGCUUAUCCGGCAAGCUUGUGUCUUUGGCAGUGCUGCUAACGAAGCUCUUUAUGUCACCGUUAACGAUGAGGUCUUUGCUUUAGGCACCAACUGCAGUGGCUGUUUGGGUCUGGGAGACCUUCAAAGCACCAUCGAGCCACGCAGGAUUGAUGUUUUGUGUGGGAAGAAGAUUGUGUCCCUAAGCUAUGGGACAGGACCACAUGUGGUUAUCGCAACUGCAGAUGGAGAGGUGUUUGCCUGGGGCCAUAAUGGAUACAGCCAACUGGGCAACGGGACCACUAACCAUGGGCUAACUCCUGCUUUGGUGUCCACCAACCUCCUUGGCAAAAGAGUGACAGAGGUAGCCUGCGGUUCCCAUCACACCAUCGCCCUCACCGCCGACGGGGAGGUGUUCGCAUGGGGCUACAACAACUCGGGCCAAGUGGGUUCUGGGUCCACUGCCAAUCAGCCAACACCGCGCCGGGUCAGCAGCUGCCUGCAGAGCAAAGUGGUGGUCAAUGUAGGCUGUGGUCAGCUCUGCUCUAUGGCUGUACUAGACAAUGGGGAGAUCUAUGGUUGGGGCUACAACUGCAAUGGCCAAUUGGGUUUAGGCAACAAUGGAAACCAGCAGACCCCGUGCAGAAUUGCCGCUCUCCAGGGUGUCAAUGUAGUUCAGGUAGCGUGUGGAUACGCACACACACUGGCGCUUACCGACGAAGGCUUCGUUUACGCCUGGGGAGCCAACUCGUACGGACAGUUGGGGACCGGCAAUAAAAGCAACCAAGCUCUUCCGACGCUUAUAAACACGGACAAGGAGAGGAUGGUGGAGGUGGCUGCGUGUCACACCAGCCACACGUCAGCCGCUAAGACGCAGAGCGGACAGGUCCUGAUGUGGGGGCAGUGUCGCGGUCAGGCGGUGUCCAGCCCACACCUCACCCACUUCAGCAGCACAGAUGACGUGUUUGCCUGCUUUGCCACUCCAGCGGUGACGUGGCACCUCCUGUCAGUCGACGGUGACGACUAUUUGACAGUUGCCCAGUCUUUGAAGAAGGAGUUUGACAGUCCGGAGAUCUCCGAUCUGAAGUUUUUAGUGGAUGGAAAAUGCAUCCACGUUCACAAAGCCCUGCUGAAGAUCAGGUGCGAGCACUUCCGAACGCUGUUGAAUGAAACGGACGAAGACGCCAUUGAAAUUCAGCAAUUCUCAUACCUGGUGUACAGAGCCUUUCUGGAGUAUCUUUACACAGACACCAUCAACCUGCCACCAGAGGACGCUAUUGGACUGCUGGAUCUGGCCACGUUCUACAGGGAGAGCAGGCUGAAGAGGCUCUGCCAGGAGACCAUAAAGAGGGGAAUCUCCGAGGAGAACGCCAUCACUCUCCUUUCCGCUGCCGUCAAGUAUGAGGCCAGGGACCUGGAGGAGUUCUGCUUCAAGUUUUGUGUCAACCACCUAACAGCUGUCACGCAGACCCAGGCCUUUGCAGACAUGGAUCAUGACCUGCUCAAGAACUUCAUUAGUAAAGCCAGUCGCUAUGGGGCCUUCAAAAACUGACUAGAGGACUGAAGAGGUUUGAUCCCGUCACGUAGGACCACUGACCAAAGCCAGACAGGUCUGUGGAGACACUAAAGAGGCUGACUGUUACUCCCAUGCGUCUGCUGGAGACGUUGUUCAAGCUCAAGCGGAGAGGGUGAAGCCCCACCUGACGGGGGCCCAAAGACGUGGACGGCAUACUCGGUUUUGUUUUGGUCACCUUCAGAAGACGCACAAAAGGGUGUGGGGAUGCCGGACGGAGCUUCAUCUAAAACUGUGGCAACCGUGGAUUCUAGUGUGAUUAAAAGAAAAAAGAAAAAGCCCUGAACAUCCGCCUGUCACUCAUGCAAACUCAGCAAUGAACCCCUCACAUUGUGCUUCUUUUAUAUCCUAAAUGUUUGCUGAUACCGCCUUAUCAAAGGUAUCUUUGAGCGUGUAUACUGAUUUGCACAUUGGCUUUUUUUUUUUUUUUUUUUUUUACAUUAACGUGAAGAAAAUGUUUAACAAGAAAGAUAUGAUUACCGGUUUACAGUCCGUUUGGCACACGUAGCACAUCACAGCUUAGCUGGCAGUCAGGUGGUGUCUUCUGCUGAAACAUGAAUGCGUAAUGAUCAGGCCAUUUGUUUCCUCGCUGCAGAACAGCUGCAUAAACAUCUGGCACCUCUGUUUUGCAUGUCAAGUCAUUUAUAUCUGAUUCUUAUGCCGUCUUAUCUUUUUACACAGCUGUGAUCAUGUGGUUGUCCAAACACUUGGUUGGUGUUUAAAAUUCAUCUUGACUAAUGCUCGUACUGUUAGGAAAAAAAAACCAAGGACAUGAUAUUGAAAGAUAAAUUUGACUGUCUUGAAAGCACUGGCCGUGUGAAAACAGCCUGACUCCCACAGAUGUGUCAACUCCUUUGGGGAUUUUUUUCUUAUUUGGUUUUGCAAUAAAGUUACUUCCUUUGGUAUGUUUACACCUUUUUUUUGUAACUCAAUGGCUGCUUUCAGGUCUUUUUUUUGUCAAAACCUGUUCCUGAUGGCACCUUCUGGUAAUAAAGUGGUGUUUGCUUAACGUCAUUUUCAACAAA